CCAAUUCCAUCGGCAUCUCCUCUCUCUCUCUCUCUCUCUCCCUCUACCCUCGUCGCUGUUCUUUGCUCUUCAACAUCUUUUUCCCGAAACCAGCUAAAAAGUUUAAAUUUAAAAAAAAAACCCUAAUUUGAAAGAUCAAAUGGGGACAUUGGGGAAAGCGAUCUACACCGUUGGAUUCUGGAUUCGAGAGACGGGACAGGCCAUCGAUCGCCUCGGAUCUCGCCUCCAGGGCAACUACUAUUUCCAAGAGCAACUGUCAAGGCACCGUACGCUGAUGAACAUAUUUGACAAAGCACCCAGUGUCCAUAAAGAAGCAUUUAUUGCCCCAAGUGCAUCUGUAAUUGGAGAUGUUCAAGUGGGUCAAGGAUCUUCUGUUUGGUACGGAUGUGUUUUGAGAGGUGAUGUGAAUAACAUUCGGGUUGGAUGUGGAACUAAUAUACAAGAUAACUCUCUUGUGCAUGUUGCAAAAUCCAAUCUAGCUGGGAAGGUCUUGCCAACUAUCAUCGGAGAUAAUGUUACAGUGGGUCACAGUGCUGUUUUGCACGGAUGCACUGUUGAGGAUGAGGCUUUCGUUGGUAUGGGUGCAACCCUGCUUGAUGGGGUGGUGGUGGAAAAGCAUGGCAUGGUUGCUGCUGGUUCUCUUGUGAGGCAGAACACAAGGAUCCCAUCUGGGGAGGUGUGGGCGGGAAAUCCAGCAAAGUUCUUGAGGAAGUUAACUGAGGAAGAGAUAGCUUUCAUUUCCCAGUCAGCAAUCAACUACACCAACCUGGCCCAAGUACAUGCUGCUGAGAAUGCGAAGUCUUUCGAUGAGAUUGAAUUUGAGAAGGUUUUACGCAAGAAAUUCGCUCAUAAAGAUGAAGAAUAUGAUUCGAUGCUUGGUGUGGUUCGUGAAGUUCCACCAGAACUCAUUCUUCCUGAUAAUAUUCUACAGAACAAGCCUCCCAAGCCAUCUCAAUGAGUUUUAGCUCUCAGAGAUUGUGGGCUUUUGUUGUUGGACAAAUGUUGUAGGAUGUUAUGAGAUUGGGAUGUUGAACUGAGUUUGACAGGUUCUUUUUGUUACCGCUAUCUUCCCAAUAAUUUUUGGGUCGAGUUCUUGCCUAGGAUCGGCCAAUGUACUUCUUGUACUAGCAUUAUUUUCUGUUUCCAUCUGCAA